UACGCAGUUUUUGCAACAAAAAACCCGUUGGGGUACCCGAUUGCUUCUUCUUCCUCGCGUCCUCCUCUUCGGCCCUCUUCUUCUUGUCAGGCGACGGCGGUUGGGCAGUUGUGCUUGGCCUUUUCUUUUCUUUUAUUCUCUUUCUCCUCCGUCACUUCGUCGGCCAUUCGCAUCUCUGAGCGCCAUGUGUGUGAGAUGGCCGCGGCUAUUAUCGCCGACUCAUCUCUCACAGCUUAUACGUCGACAGAAGAAUCCAUUGACAGCUUUGGAUCUCUUCAACGAAGCUCAAACCAGAUAUCCGAGCUACCGGCAUAAUGGCCCUGUCUAUGCCACAAUGAUCAACAUCUUGCGAAGCUCGGGCCGGAUUAUUGAAAUGAAAGAAGUUGUUAAUCGAAUGAAAGAAGAUCUAUGCCCGUGCCGGGAUUCUGUCAUCGCUGGCGUAAUCGAGACGUACAUGGAUGCCGGCAUGGUCGAAGAUGCGAUCUCUCUGUUCAAGAGUCUUCCCGAGUUUAAUUGUGUCAACUACACACGAUCUUUCCACACGUUGUUGGAGAAGUUGGUUCGAGAUUCCAAGCUCGAAACUUGUUGCCAAUUGUUUGUCGAGCAUUGCCGCGGUUGGGAAAUUAGUUCCCGAAUGUAUUCGUUGAAUUUGCUGAUGGAUGUUCUUUGUCGGAUGCGCCGUUCUGAUCUUGCUAUUCGAGUUUUUCAGGAAAUGGGGAAUCAGUGGUGCGAUCCCGGACGGGAAACCUACCGGAUUUUGAUGAGGGGUUUGUGUAACGACGGGAGACUUUCCGAUGCGACGCAAUUGCUGUUCUUGAUGUUCGGUAGGAUUUCCCGCAAGGGUUGCGGCGCCGACGUUUCGAUAUAUCGAAUGCUACUCGAGGCUUUGUGCGACAACGGGGACGUCGACGAGGCUGUGGAAAUUCUCGGGAAGAUCUUGCGGAGAGGUCUUCGGGUCCCGAAACGAUACUUCAAGCAGCUCGAUAAAACCCAAUUUCGUGUCGAAGACGUGAAAUCUUUGAUCAACGAGGCUUUGAUUCGGGGCGGAGUUCCGAGCUCGGACAGUUACCGAGCAAUGGCGGUCGAUCUCUACUCCGAAGGAAAUAUCGUCGGCGGCGACAACGUGCUCGACGAAAUGCGGGAAAAGGGCUUCCGAUCGUCGCCGCAGAUAUUCGAAGCUAAGAUCGCCGCGUUAUUUGCCGCAGGCGAGGUCGAUCGAGCGGUCGAAUGUGUUCGAAACGACAUGAUAGAGAACGGGUGCGUUCCGACCGUGCGGGUUCACAAUGCCGUCGUGAAAGGGCUGUGCGAUGCGGGAGAAUCCGCUCGGGCGGUUCGAUACUUCGGGACGAUGUCGAAGCAAGUCGGGAUCGUUCCUGACAGGGAAACGUACGUCUAUUUGGUCGAUGGAUUGUGCUGCGACGGCGACUACGCGGAAGCGAGUCGAGUGAUGGAUAAGAUGGUGAUGAGUUCGUUCUGGCCGAGCGACGAGAUGUAUACGAAAGUUAUUCGCGGGCUUUGCUCGACGGGGAAGACUUUUACGGCGGCGGUGUUUCUGGAGGAGAUGAUCGGGCAAGGUAAGAUUCCGGCAGCGUCCGUGUGGUGUUCGUUGGUGUCGUCUGUUGUUUGUCGUGAGGUUUUGUGGAAAGAGGUUUUGUUUGUGACAUUACGAGAGUUGGAAAAUUAGGUAUGAACAUUGUUGAUACCAUGAAAAAUAAGAUGAACAAGAAAAUAUAUAUUAAACUAAUUAUGCAAUGGCAGGUAAAAUUUGAAAAUAUUGAGAGUUCGAAUCUGCGAUUUGAC